AUGGCGUCACCAACACAAAUGGCGCCAUUUCCGUAUCCGCUGCAUGGCAGCAAAUGCAAUAACAGCAACAAUAAUAAAUACAAAAACCACGGCAACAUUAACACCAGCAAACACACAAAAAUCUCACCACAACCACACCUGAGACGUCUACAGGGCAGUUGCAGUACCAAGACCGCCAACGUCACCGCCAACGUCACCCUUCGCCAUUCUUCCACUUCCACCAACACCAUUAGAGCCACACUGUCAUUGUUUUGUCAGUUUCUCACGGUAUACUGCAUUCUACUAACGGCAAGCGGAAGCGUGCGAAUGGCACAAGCACAAGAUGAUCCGCUUACCGCAACUAACACCGUGACCGCACCUGGGCCACACAUGCAACCCUCUUCCUACGCCGAUGCCAUACCGAGUGCUUUUUACUGCCCGGCCGAGGGUUUGUUUGCCGAUGACUAUGACUGUCGUAUCUACUAUCGUUGUGAGGCGAAAACAAAUGACUACAUCAAAGCUUAUGCAUUCGCUUGCAAAUCAGGUAACGUGUUCUCGCGUAAUCUUCGCCUCUGUAUGCCACCACAACUGGCUGGCCGCGAGGAAUGCAACGAUUACAUGAACGAAAUUGAUAUGGACAAUGGCGGUGGUGAUAAUGGUGUUGAUGGCCAACAACUGCCGCUACUGACAUAUGGCAUUGCCAAUAACGGUAAUGGGAUAUACGCGACCACAGUGGAUGCUAAAGCUGCUGCCCACGACGGUCUUGCAGCCGACGUUAGUGCUACGCGUGGUCAAUUGCAAAAUUAUGGCCUGUCAGGUUUGGGUGGCGUUUCCGUAAUUUCCUUUUCCACCUCAGCAGCCCGCUCAGCGGGCAGCAGUGCGGCGGAUGAGCAGGGACCACCGUGUGAAGAUGAUGGAUUUAUGAGUGAUCCAGACGAUUGCACAAUCUUUUAUCGUUGCAUUUCGAAUGGACGCACAUUUAAUAAAAUCGGUUUUCGCUGCUCCGACGGUACGGCGUGGGAUGCUGCAUUGGAAUCGUGCAAUCACAUUCACAGUGUACGUGCUGGUGGUGGAUGUAGGGGAAAAGCUGAUAAUUUACCACUGGCUGAGUAUGCAGCGGAUACAACGCAAUCAUCGCAAACCAACUAUCAGAAUACAACAACAUCGAGUAGCAGCAGCAGCAGUAGUCAACAGAGCUCCACUAGCUCAUCUUCCAAUACAUCUUCAUCGUCGUCAUCAUCGUCAUCGUCAUCAUCGUCGAAUAACACAAGCUCAAACGCCUCAAAUGCCGGUGGCUCGGUGAAUAAUCAGCAGCAGCAAACAAGCACUCAAUCAAGCAGUACCGAAAGCACUUCGUCCAAUUCACAAUCUCAAUCGAGUACGCAAAGCUCAAGUACGAGCAAUCAACAGUCGUCGACUUCAAGCAGCAGUUCAGCAUCCUCUUCUAAUGCAAAUCAAGGCACUAGUAAUAAUCAAUCAAACAAUCAAACUGGUUCGGGCAAUCAAAGCUCCUCUUCGAGCAAUCAAUCAAAUGGGAGCAAUCAAUCUGGUACCAACAAUCAGUCUAAUUCCAACAACCAAUCUGGUUCAAGCACACAAUCGGGUUCAAACAAUCAAUCUUCAAGCAGCCAAUCUGGGUCAAGUAAUCAAUCCAGCUCAAACAAUCAAUCUGGCACAAGCAAUCAAUCUGGCACAAGCAAUCAAUCUGGUUCAAGCAAUCAAUCAAGCAUCUCUAACGUUAAUAAGCCGAAUACGAACACCGAAUGUAUAAACGACGAGACCUACAUACCCGACGAGCAGGACUGCACAAAGUUCUAUCGCUGUCGAGACAACGGAAGCGGCUUGGAGAAAGUUCCCUUUACUUGUGGACCUGGUACGGUGUGGAACCAAGAGGAUAAAGUCUGUGAUCUCCCCACCAGCGAACAAAAAGAAAAAUGUAAGGCGAUGUUAAAUAUUGGCAGCAAUACGAACACCUCCUCCAGCAGUACUCAACAAACAGGCAGUAAUCAACAAUCCGGAAAUAACCAGCAAUCAGGCAGCAGUUCCUCAAACAACAAUCAGAAUCAACAAUCAAGUUCUUCAAGCCAAUCCUCCGCAAAUAGUAAUCAAUCGAGCUCGUCUAAUCAGUCCAGCAACAAUCAGUCAAAUCAAAAUCAACAACAAACAAGCAAUGAACAGCAACAACAAUCAAAUCAAACAAGCUCAACUCAAAAACCACCUAACCCUGAAGGAGAUUGUAAGGAUACAGAGACCUAUUUGUCGGAUAAGACAGAUUGCCGACGCUUCUACCGCUGUGUUGAUAACGGUAAUGGCGGAUUUGACAAAAUAGCUUUCGAUUGUGCCCCCGGCACGGUGUGGGAUCCCAAUGUUUUAGGUUGCAACCAUCCAACAGAUGUACAAAAGGAGCAAUGUCGUGCGAUGGCAAGUGACAGUAGUGGCUCAUCGAACUCAGGCACAAGUCAGCAAUCUUCAAACAAUAAUCAGUCGAGUUCCUCAAGCACAAGUAGUUCGAACCAGCAAGGCUCAUCAAGCUCAAGCUCAAGCCAACAGUCAUCGGGAAGUAACCAAUCCAGUUCUGGUCAACAGUCAUCGGGAAGUAAUCAGUCCGGUUCAAGCCAACAGUCAUCGGGAAGCAAUCAAUCCGGUUCUGGUCAACAGUCAUCGGGAAGUAACCAAUCCGGUUCUGGUCAACAGUCAUCUGGUAGUAAUCAGUCUAGUUCCUCAAGUACUGGGCAGCAAUCUUCUAGCAGCCAACAAUCAGGCUCAUCAAGUAGCUCCAGUUCAAAUCAGCAAUCCUCCAGUAACACACAGUCAAGCAGUUCAACGAGUAGUCAGAGUACCAAUAGUAACAGCACACAGGAAGCAACGGAGAGCUCGCAAAGUGGAAGCAGUCAAAGCUCAACAACAUCGCAGGCUUCUUCAAGUUCCUCCAGCAACAAUCAGGGCUCGUCUACUGCUCAGGGCUCCACUAGCAAUCAGGGUUCCUCGACAACUCAGAGCUCAAGCACUAAUCAAAGUUCAUCCACGACACAAGGUUCAGGCUCCAAUCAACAGAGCGGCUCCUCGCAAGGUUCCAACAGCUCACAAUCCACCACCUCAAGUCAGAGCUCGGCAAGUUCGCAAGGAACAACUACCGCAGCUCCGAUCCAAUCAAAGCCCUCUGGUGAUUGUGAUGGUAAAACACAAUUUCUGGGUGAUGAAAAAGAUUGUGCUAGAUUCUAUCGCUGCGUGGAUAACGGCAAAGGUUAUGAUAAGGUACCCUUCACUUGUGGUCCUGGCACCGUAUGGGACAGUGCGAUUGCGGCUUGUAACCAUGCUUGGGCUGUGAAGGAUAAAAACUGCGGCACAGGUAGCUUGCCACAACCGAAACCAACACAAACACCAUCUACACAAAAACCAUCCACUAUACGUCCCACCACUUCCGCUCCUCAGCAAUCUGCAAAGCCUCCCACGCAGGUGCAAAACCCAACCACAUCGCGCCCCAUACAAACCACUAGUCGUCCGGGUGAUGUUACGCAAGCGCCCAUAGCUCUACCACCGACCGUAAGCACUCAACGUCCAGUACUCACCCAGGAUUUAUGCCGUGAAGAAGGUUUCAUUGGGGAUCCAAAAGAUUGUACUGUGUUCUAUCGUUGUGUCAGCAAUGGACAAGGUGGCUUCACACAAUAUCCGUUUAAGUGUGGAGAUGGCACUGUUUGGGACAGUGAUUUGCAGACCUGUAAUCACGAUUUAAAGAUGUGUAAUCCGAAUGCAAGUAACCCACCGACUGCUCAAGAGCAAACUACUACAACGUCAAGUCCCUCAACCACCCCAAAUUCAUCUCGUCCCACCACCACACAAGCGCAAAGCUCGACUUUGGAUCCGGGGUAUGAGCCAACCACACAACCUUCAUCGACAAUUACAACAGAUGAUGGUAAAUAUCCAGAGACUUCAACUCAUCCACCGACAACCACAGACUCAACCUCCUACCCCACAUCCAAACCAGAGUCUACCACUAAAUACCCCACUUCGACUAUUACAACCAGUGGAACAGAAUCCUCAACAACCGGCUCUACAGAAUCGAGCACAAGUGGUGAAUACACGUCUACAAUAAGCCCAAUACCGAAUCUACCGCCAGGCACCAAAUGUGAAGGUGAAGGCUUCAUGGCUGAUCCAAAUAACUGUCGUAAGUUCUACCGCUGUGUGAGCACUGGCGACGGUUUUAUCCGACAUGAGUUCAAGUGCGCUAAAGGCACCGGUUGGAGUGAGGAAAAGCAAACUUGUGAUCAUGCUGCCAAUAUCGAUCGUUGCGCUGGACAAACUGAAGAGCCAGAGCCAGAGACUACCACGGAAACGUACUAUGAAACCACCACAGGAGGCAGUACGCCAUCAUAUGAGAAGCCAACCACUACACUUUACCCUAGCACUAGUAGUCAGCAGACGACUUCUGAAAGGCCGACGACAACUACGACCACCGCUGCUCCUACAACGUGGACUACGACUUUGGCGCCUUCUACCACAACAACAGUUUCAACGACCUGGCCCACAACAGAGGCACCAACCACUACAACAACAGUAUCUACAACUACGACAGCAGUUUCAACAACAGAGCCCACCACAAUCCCCACCACGACAUCUACACCAUCACCAAUAUCAACAACUGAAGCCGACUCUACCACUACAACCGAACCGACUUCGACCACACCCGUGCCGAAUUUGCCACCAGGUCAAACUUGUCAGGGCGAAGGUUUUAUGGCUGAUCCCAUGAAUUGCCGAAAGUUCUAUCGUUGCGUCCGAAAUGGUGAUACGUUUGUGCGGCACGAAUUCACUUGUGCCAAGGGCACAGGUUGGAGUGAGGAUAAACAGACCUGUGAUUAUGCUGAAAAUAUUGAACGUUGUAAUGGUCAAACGGACGAACCCGAAACCUCGACAAUAACCACAGAAAGCUCAUUUGACAGUUCGACAACACCUAGGCCUAGUGAAUGGUCAACAACAACUCAAGCUGAGAUGACAACACAGCCAACAACGACAACUUCCGCAACAACAACAACUGAAGAGACAACAACAACACAGAGCACAACAAUCACUGAGCAACCUCUCAGUACCACAACCAACCCUGUAGACACCACACAAUACCCAGUCACUUCGAAACCCGGCUACAAACCCACAACCUCCUCGCCAACCACAACGGAUAAACCAGGAACUGACCCCACAACAACUCAAUCAACUACCGAAGAUUAUCCGGGCACAACAGUUGAACCUAGUAACCAUGUAUGUUCCAGUGAAGGUUACUUCCCCGAUCCGCAAGAUUGCAAUCGUUAUUACCGUUGCGUAGAUGCAAAUAAGAACGGAAAAUAUCAAAUCUACAGUUUUCGCUGUCCCGACGGCACUGUAUGGGAUACUUCGUUGGAGAUUUGUAACUUCCCCGAUCAAGUUUCUGGCAAUUGCUCAGAGGCGGGAGGUGGUAUAACCACAACACAAAGCACUGUCACUGAGUUGACAACAACAACAAUCACCGACAAACCGACUAAGGAGCCAAUAACAGAAAAACCAAAACCAACGAAACCCACGGAGAAGCCGACGACGGAGGCGACCACAACGCUGGAGCCAACAACCCAAGCGCCCACGACUACAACGGCGGCAAUUACAACCACGCAGUCGCCGACAAGUACCCUACCACCAACGUCUACGGAGCUCACAACAACGACUGAACAAACAACUACAACAACUACAGAACCGUCAACAGUGCCGCCAACAACCGAACCAACAACAACAACCGAGCCAACCACCACAAUUGCACCCAGUCCUCCCGCGAACACCAGCAAGCCAUGUCCUCAAACUGGCGAAGGCCAAUAUACAUUUGUUUGCCCCACUGGCUUUCGGCGUCAUCCCAAGAGUUGUGAUCUCUUCUAUCAAUGUACCGAAAAAGCCGACAGUCAUGAUCUUGCGGUAACGGUUUUCGAGUGUCCCAAGGGAACGGUGUACCAUGAGCAGGCAAAUCUUUGCGAUAAGCCAAACAAAGGCGACUUCUGUCUAGAUAAGGCGAUGACGCGCUCAGCUUUCUACGAGGACCAGAUAAGACGCAUGAAUAUGGUACAAAUCCGAUCCGUAGGUGAGCCGCUGUGUCCUGCUGAAGGUCAUUUCUCAUUGAAUAAGGACGAAUGCAGUCAGCUCUUUAUCAAGUGUGGUUACUCGACGGCGACAGAGCGUUUGGAAGGUCAGGUCUUCCGCUGUCCGCAAGGUUUUGCUUACUGGGGCGUGAGUCGACGUUGUGAACGCGCACAAAAGUUGCUCAAUUGCACACCCGGCAAAUAUGAGAUCGGCAGUGAUUUGCCUGUGGAAUGGGCGAAUAUAGGCAAUCGUCGUAGAAAUUUGAAAGUUUAAGCCCGAACAGGAAAAAUAAGGGGUUGCUGAAUAAGAAAAAAAUAUUUAAUUCUAUAUGUUAUAAUGAAAAUUUGUUUAUUUAAGUUAAUCAUUUUAUGCCACGAAAUAUUCAAAUUGUUUGCUGCGCAACUAUGAAUGAAAUAUUCGGCUGUCACCCUGUUUGACGGACAGCGGGCGCGGCAAAUGAUUCGUGAAUAUUUGUUAUUAUAACAGUUGGUACUCAAAAAAUAAUUGCAGUACUGAAUAUGGACAAAAUGUCUAAAAUUAGUCGCUAAUUUAGUUUAAUAUAAUUUUUACACACAUCCCUGUGUAUGUACGAGUAUAAGUGCUUAGUAUUGGGUCAAACUCAUUUUGCAUGCGGUGUUGGUAUUUA